GCCUUCUUCCAGGUUGGGUUGAGCAUGCGCAGUCGGUAAACAUCGGGACUCCAUUCCAGGCUGUCAGUGAGGGUUCCCCGAGCCUCGCAUCCUGUGCGACUGCAUCCUUUAACAGCUGUCUGCUCUUAACAACUUUACCUGCGUAACAAACAAAAACAACUUGACCAUGAGCGGAGACCACGGACGCGGAGACUCCCAGGUCAAUUCCGGAUCUAAAGGAAGCGACACACACAAACAUAAAGACAAGCACAAAGACAAGGAACACAGACACAAAGAUCACAAAAAAGACAAGGAGCGAGAGAAAUUCAAGCACAGCAACAGUGAGCAUAAGGAGCACUCUGAGAAGAAACACAGAGACAAAGACAAAGAGAGACUGAAACACAGCGACAGCAGCUCAGACAAACACAGAGAAAAACACAAAGACAGGGACAAAGAGAAGAGGAGAGAAGAGAAGAUUCAAUCAUUUCAUUUAGAGAAGCCUAAAAGGGAGAAGGAAAAUGGAUAUGUAAGAGACAGGAGCCCCGCUGGCAUUAAGAGCGAACCCGAGGAAGACAACGGCUUCUACCCCUCACCCCAACACAACAAGAGCUCCAGACAAGAGUAUGAUGAUGAAGAAUAUGAAUACAAGCCCAAAAAAGUCAAGGUGGAACACGACAAAAAGGCCAAAAAGAGGAAACACGAGUACGAAGAAGACGAGGAAGAUGAGGGUAUAAAGCACAAAAAGAAGAUAAAAGAUAAAAAAGGAACAGACGGGAAGAAAGUGAAAAAAGAAGAAGAAGAGAAGUGGAAAUGGUGGGAGGAGGAAAGAUAUACCGACGGCUCCAAAUGGCGCUUCCUGGAACAUAAAGGUCCAGUGUUUGCACCUCCAUACGAACCCUUGCCAGACAAAGUUAAAUUUUACUAUGAUGGUAAGCCUAUGAAGCUGAGUGCUUCUGCUGAAGAGGUUGCAACAUUUUUUGCCAAAAUGUUGGAUCAUGAGUACACCACGAAGGACAUCUUUAGGAAGAACUUCUUUAAAGACUGGAGGAAGGAAAUGACAUCAGAAGAGAAGUCUGUGAUUACUGACCUGAAUAAAUGUGACUUCAGUGAGAUGAGCGAGUACUUCAAGGCCCAGUCAGAAGCUCGGAAACAGAUGUCUAAAGAGGAGAAACAGAAAAUCAAAGAGGAAAAUGAGCGGCUCCUUCAGGAGUAUGGUUUCUGCAUCAUGGAUAAUCACAAGGAGAGGAUCGGGAAUUUCCGCAUCGAGCCGCCGGGCCUUUUCCGAGGACGGGGGGACCAUCCAAAGAUGGGGAUGCUGAAGCGGCGCAUCAGACCUGAAGACAUCAUUAUUAACUGUAGCAAGGACUCCAAGCACCCCAAACCUCCCCCAGGGACAAAAUGGAAGGAGGUUCGACAUGACAACAAAGUGACCUGGUUAGCAUCUUGGACAGAGAACAUCCAGGGCUCCAUCAAGUACAUCAUGUUAAACCCGAGCUCCAGGAUCAAGGGUGAGAAGGACUGGCAGAAAUAUGAAACUGCCCGGCGUUUAAAGAAGUGUGUGGAUCGCAUCCGUGCUCAGUACAGAGAGGACUGGAAGUCAAAAGAGAUGAGGAUCAGACAGAGAGCUGUGGCGCUGUAUUUCAUAGACAAGCUGGCUCUGAGGGCAGGUAACGAAAAGGAGGAAGGCGAGACGGCGGACACUGUUGGCUGCUGCUCGCUACGAGUGGAACACAUCAAACUGUACCCCAAGCUGGACGACCAGGAGUACGUUGUGGAGUUUGACUUUUUAGGAAAAGACUCCAUCCGCUACUACAACAAAAUACCCGUGGAGAAGAGGGUCUUUAAAAACCUCCAGUUGUUCCUGGAAAACAAACAGCCUGAAGACGACCUCUUUGACAGACUGAAUACAUCUAUUCUAAAUAAGCACUUACAGGAGCUGAUGGAUGGACUUACCGCCAAAGUUUUCCGUACCUAUAACGCCUCCAUCACCCUGCAACAGCAGCUCAAGGAGCUGACCUGUCCUGAUGACAGCAUCCCAGCAAAGAUCCUAUCGUACAACCGAGCCAACCGGGCCGUAGCCAUUCUUUGCAACCACCAGAGAGCUCCACCCAAAACAUUUGAGAAGUCCAUGCAAAAUCUUCAGAACAAGAUCGAUGAGAAACAAACUCAACUGUCAGCAGCCAGGAAGCAGCUGAAGGCUGCCAAAGCUGAUCACAAGGCUUCCCAUGAUGACAAGAGCAAAAAGGCUGUGGAGGUGAAGCGUAAAGCUGUACAGAGGAUAGAGGAGCAGCUGAUGAAACUCCAGGUGCAAGCCACAGACAGAGAGGAGAACAAACAAAUUGCUCUGGGAACCUCCAAGCUCAAUUACCUGGAUCCACGCAUCUCUGUGGCAUGGUGCAAGAAGUUCGGCAUUCCCAUUGAGAAGAUCUACAACAAAACCCAGAGAGAGAAGUUUGCCUGGGCGAUCGACAUGGCCGAUAAGGACUAUGAGUUUUAAACCUAUUUAAUGUUUUACCUUUUAUACCCAUGCCUUUGAUAUGAAGAUGUUUUGCAGGAGAUGUCAAAAUGUUUCCACUGUGUUGCUGCUGCAGGGCAGCGAAGGAGGAAGGUAAGCCUCUGCUCGAGCUCCGAUCGCAGGUGAAUAAUUGUGCUGUACAUAAGGAUUAGCUGUGUAUAGGAAAAUAACUCCUUAACCAUUUGACCAAGCUGCCGAAGGGCAUCUCUCUCUUACAAAACUACAGUAGUGCGUAUGUAGCUGCAGCUAUCUGCCUGUGACCCAGCAGCGACGGACACAUUAGUAUUAUCUUUUGUGAGAUAAAAUGUACUGAAAUUUGUAAGCCAUCAGAUUUAUUGAGAAAUAAAUCUAUAUUGUCAUAGAAUAAUGAAUUCAGAAAAUGUUUGUAUGGGAGACUGAGACGCAACAUGAGAGAGAGAUGAUGUGAUGACUUUUCAUUUGUGUAAUUUUAGUGUGUAAGAUGAAAUGAAGUGACAGACAGGUAAAGACUGCUGUGAAGAUCAGAAACCCCCAGCACUAUGCUCGCACAACUAUUAGCGCACAGAAUGUCGUCUUAUUUUCCAUCUCCUCUCUGAGUUUGCUGUUUCUUUCAGGGAUGUACAUAUACUUUUUGUCUGUUUUUUUUGUUUUGUUUUGUUUUUUUAGUGACUGAUUCAGUAUUUUUUAAAAUGUGUGCUGUAAGCAUUAUAACAGAAGGCUUUUCAUUGCUCAUAUGCAACUUUUGCGUGUUCGUUUCCUCAGUUUUACAAUGAACUCUGUGUAAUAUGGAUCUUGGUUACUUGAAGCAGCUGAAAGGCAGUGUAUGUACUGUGUGCCAGAGCUAAAAAAAAAAAUUAUAAAUAAAGGACAGCUCCUCCUGACAGAAGGGGUGUGGAUUUUUGCCAAAUAAGAUCUCAAAAGUCUGUCAUUGUAACGUUGUAACUGUUUUUGUAUUGCUCUGAUAAAGCAGAACGUGUCUUUGAAUUCAUUUGCAAAUGUGAAUGGAUAUUCUAACUUUUGUCAUUAAUAUUUCUUGCUAUAUGAUCUUGUACCACACAAUCGCAAUCCUGAUUAGUUGAAUGCUUGUUUUGAGCUUUGUAGGUUUCAGAAUAAAACAUCAGACUUGU